CCGCCCAGCCCUCGCCGUGACCCCGCCCCGCUGCCUCCUGUCCCGCUGUUUCCUGUGUCCGAGCGGGCCGCACGAUGAGCUGCCGAGCGGGAUUCUACCGGCAGGAGCUGAACAAGACGGUGUGGGAGGUGCCGGAGCGGUACCAGGAGCUCAUCCCGGUGGGCUCGGGGGCCUUCGGCUCAGUGUGCUCAGCAUGUGAUACCAAAACUAGACAAAAGGUGGCCGUAAAAAAGCUCUCCAGACCUUUUCAAUCCCUGGUUCAUGCGAGGAGAACCUACAGGGAGCUCCGUCUGCUCAAACACAUGAAGCAUGAAAAUGUCAUUGGUUUGCUGGAUGUCUUUACACCAUCUACUUCGGUUGAAACCUUUAAUGAAGUGUAUCUAGUGACAAACCUUAUGGGAGCUGACCUUAACAACAUCGUGAAGUGCCAAAGGCUUACGGAUGACCAUAUCCAGUUUCUUGUAUAUCAGUUACUAAGAGGCCUCAAGUAUAUCCAUUCAGCGGGAAUCAUCCACAGAGAUCUGAAGCCAAGCAAUUUAGCCGUCAAUGAAGACUGUGAAUUACGGAUUUUAGAUUUUGGCUUGGCGCGACAGACGGAUGAUGAAAUGACCGGAUACGUUGCCACAAGGUGGUACCGAGCCCCUGAAAUCAUGCUGAACUGGAUGCAUUAUAAUCAAACCGUUGAUAUUUGGUCUGUUGGUUGCAUCAUGGCAGAGCUAUUGACAGGCAAAGCACUUUUUCCAGGAAAUGACUAUAUUGACCAAUUAAAAAGAAUCAUGGAAGUAGUCGGAACACCCAAUUCUGAAUUUCUCAUGAAAAUUUCAUCGGAACAUGCCAGACGAUAUAUCGAAUCAUUACCACAUAUGCCUCAGCAGGAGUUAAAAGAAGUAUUCCUUGGGGCUAAUCCAUUAGCCAUCGACCUGCUUAAGAAGAUGUUGAUAUUGGAUAGUGACAAGAGGAUAACUGCCACUGAAGCUCUUGCACAUCCUUAUUUUGAGCAGUAUCAUGACCCCGAAGACGAACCUGAAGCUGAACCUUACGAUGAGUCCAUGGAGAACAAAGAACGCAACAUCGAUGAAUGGAAAGCAAUUGCAUACGAAGAGGUAGUCAGCUUUAAACCACCAGAUAUUAAAAUGGAUAGCCUGGAAAUUGAGCAAUAAUAAUCACAGACCUCUUUCUUCAUCACCACGGACUAUUUACCAACUUGACUUUUGAAACGUGGUUUGCUUCUGUUGACCAAAGAAGUAAGCAAGCUCUGAAGAAAUCUGCUAAUGUGAACAACUUGCCUAUUGCAGUUUAUUAACUUAUUCAAUUCUUUCAAGACCGAAUGCAUAGGAUAAAGGAAGAUGAUAUUUUGUGGGUUUUUUUGUUUGUUU